AUGGAUGGAAAACGAUUAGCUUCUGGAGGUUUAGAUGGAAAGAUUCGAAUUUGGUCUAUUGAAACGCUGCGAAAGUACGCCAAGUUACUGCAAAACAGUGGAAAUGACGAUUCCUCGGCCGUUAAGACGGACCCAGAAGAAUGCAGAGAGUUGUCGUCGAUGUCGCGUCAUACGGGAGCAGUCACGUGUCUUCGAUUUUCUCCAAAUGGCCGUUUUCUAGCGUCUGGUUCGGACGACAGAAUACUUUUAAUUUGGGAACAUGAUGAAGAUACGUCUCGGCUACUCUUGCAGAAUCAACAGCAAGGUCUUGGAAAUGGAUUAGGCUCUGAAAAUACCGAAUUGGAGCACUGGACCGUUCGUAAGAGACUUGUAGCUCAUGAUAACGACAUCCAGGACAUGGCCUGGGCUCCGGAUUCGUCUAUCUUGGUCACCGUGGGAUUGGAUAGGUCGAUUAUUGUCUGGUCUGGAACCACCUUCGAGAAAAUCAAGCGUUUUGACAUCCAUCAGAGUCAUGUCAAAGGUGUAGUGUUUGAUCCGGCCAACAAGUACUUUGCUACCUGUUCUGACGAUCGAACUCUACGUAUAUUCCGCUAUAGACGAUCGUCUCCCACGGAUUUUAGCUUUUCAGUCGAAAGUGUCGUGACGAAUCCGUUCAAAAACACUCCUUUGACCACCUAUUAUCGUAGGUGUUCGUGGUCGCCUGACGGACAGUACAUUGCUGCACCUAAUGCCGUUAACGGUGGAAUGUGUUCUGUUGCCAUAGUUAAAAGAGGCUCGUGGAAGAGUGAUAUAUCGCUUUUGGGUCACGAACUACCCUGCGAGGUCUGCUCAUUCUCUCCAAGACUCUACCAGAUUGAUGGAUCAGGCCAGAAGGAACCGGAACUUACCACUGUGCUAGUCACAGGUGGUCAGGAUCGUUCUUUGGUACUCUGGGAUACAGCUUCUGCCGUCCCACUUGUUGUUGCACAUGAUUUGUGCAUGAAGACUAUAACAGAUGUGGCCUGGGAUCCUUCAGGACAACUGGUGUUCCUCAGUUCGCUUGACGGCUCAGUCACUGCUGUAUUUUUUGAUCAGGGAGAGUUGGGAAGACCCAUUCCCUUGGAUCAGAACUCCGCUCAGUUGCACAGAUAUGGUGCAGAUAGAGAAAGCAUGUAUUUUCCUGAAAGUGUUGAACAGUUGCAGCUUGAAGAGGCUGCCACCAAGUUCUCUGAAUCCCAUCCAGCUCACAAGCGGAUGGACAAGUUGAUGGGAGAUCAGACCCAUGAAGGCUUUGUGUCUUCUGGCUUUCCGUCCAUCCCAUCCACUGCCAAUAUUAUGGUGAACACGCUUGUUCCACGGUCUAAGAAGCAUCCCAAUAGACGACUACCGGUAACUGUAUCCAAAAAGAAACCCAUUCUUACUGCGUCAUCCCAGAAGGUUCAGAUCACCAAAUCAGGUAAGAGAAGACUCACACCAAUGCUCAUUUCGACCACCUCAGCUGUAACCAAGCCUACAGUGGCUUCACAGAAGAAACAUCCGAAGUCAACUCCCAAGUUCCUCUCUCAUCCUUCCCUCCGAAUGCCUAGAUUGGGUCUACAGACGAUGGUAUCCUGUAUUAGAGACAACCUGAUCUACGAGAAGUCUAAAGGCUUAGAAGAUAGUUCCGAAACAGAUAUCGAUCACAUCACUGGGGCCCAAGCAGGUCCUAAAAAACGAUCAUCUUCUCGAUCUCAAUACUCUCGUCGUAAGAGAUCAGUGGAAUAUCCUUCUUACAUGACUAGCUGUAUUACUACACCGUUUACUGUAUUUACAGACAUGAAGAAUCAACCCAGUAUCAUACUACAACAGAAACCAGACUCCAACGGUGAUCCAUUUGGCUCUGUCAUGGAGAUAAGAAACGAAUCUGAUGAAAGGGAUGGUAAUAAUGGAUCGACAUUUGAUGAAUUCGACUCCAUAUCGAAAUUAUUUGUUACUAAUGGUCAGAAAACGGCAUUCCAGUACUUCAAAAAUGACAAAGUGACGAAUGUCACCGAGUCGAAGUUUGGUUCUGUCGACUACUGGGCUCUAUCUACUGAUAAGGGAUCUAUUAUCAUCCUUUCCAAGACGGGAAGACAGCUUAGACCAUCGAUAGAACUCGGUUCCAGUCUUACACACCUUAUUUCUCGUGAGAAUUUCCUUCUGACUGUAACCAACAAUGGACUAGUCUAUUCCUGGGAUCUUGAAAGCGGUAAAAUCAUCCUGGAAGGGGUCUCAUUGGCCCCUAUAGUGAACCAAUUUGCUCAGUUCGAACAUCACAAACAUAAAUUCGAAAAUAAUGCCAAAAUAUUGGAGUUACACUUGUUCAAGAAUGGUUUACCUCUCAUCCUUUUGAGCAAUGACUACAUUUAUCUGUUUGAUGCGGAUUUAUGCUGUUGGGUAAACGUCCUAGAACCGUGGUAUCUACAAACUCUUAGCUACGAUGAACUUAAACAGUACAUGAAUUCCAGCAAUAGGUUGCUGAGAGUACUGGGUGCAAGAAUUCUAGGGGAAAGAAACGGGUUACGGACCAAAACCUCCCAAUGCUCAGAAACAAUUCAUUCAUGUGCUACGAAAUCCUUUGCAUUUAUUCAGAAAUGCUUCCAAGAACGUGCAGAAAACAAUUGA